CAUUCAUUCCUGCACCUUCCACAAGCAUCCAAUUCAAAGUACCCACCCCACCUUCACUCUCUCCUAUUCACUUCCAUGAAAUGCUUUCUAUGAGCAAAAUUUCCCAUCAUCCUCAUUACAAUGGAGAUUAAGCUUUUCCUCAUCCCUUUCAUUCUAACCUCACUUCUAUUCUUCCUCCUCUACAUCCCCACCCAUCUCACCAUUUUCAAUCCAAGUUCAUCCAUCAUUCUCAGAAAUUCAGGAGAACAAUAUCCAGUUACCUUCGCCUAUCUGAUCUCAUCAGCUAGAGGUGACACAGAGAAACUGAAGAGAACCCUUAUGGCUUUAUACCAUCCGGGUAAUUACUAUCUCAUUCACGUGGAUCGUGAAGCACCUGAAGAAGAACAUAAGGAGAUCGCUAGGUUUGUGUCAAGUGUUGCAGUAUUUGUUGAAUUUGACAAUGUUUGGAUAAUUGGAAAACCUAAUUUGGUUAGUUAUAGAGGACCAACUAUGUUGGGUACUACUCUUCAUUCAAUUUCUAUUUUACUCAAGAUUGCGAAAUGGGAUUGGUUUAUUAAUCUCAGUGCUUCUGAUUAUCCAUUGGUUACUCAAGAUGAUCUGAUCCAUGCUUUCUCUGAUUUGCCAAGAGAUCUGAACUUCAUACAGCAUAGCAGUCAUUUGGGUUGGAAAUUUAAUAAAAGGGGGAAACCAAUAAUAAUAGAUCCAGCUCUUCAUAGCUUGAAUGAAUCUGAGAUCUGGUGGGCAAUCAAACAAAGGCCUCUCCCAACUUCAUUUAAGCUUUACACAGGAUCAGCUUGGACCAUAUUAUCAAGAUCAUUUGCAGAAUAUUGCAUAGUUGGAUGGGACAACCUGCCUAGAACCCUCCUCUUAUAUUACACAAAUUUUGUGUCUUCCCCUGAAGGGUACUUUCAAACAGUUGUAUGUAACUCGGACAACUUCACCAGAACUAUUGUCAAUCAUGACCUCCAUUUCAUAACAUGGGACACUCCUCCUAAGCAACAUCCUAGGUCCCUUCUUCUUAAGGAUUACCGCAAGAUGGUCCAAAGUGGUCGACCAUUUGCUCGUAAGUUCAAACAGGACGAUCCUGUUCUAGACAAGAUCGAUAUGGAGCUCCUUAAGAGACAUAAGGGCAAGUUUUCGCUUGGGGGUUGGUGUUCUGAGAAGCCACAAUAUGGUGUUUUGAAAACCGGUUCUGGUGCUAGACGGUUUAGGGCUCUGUUGAGUAAGCUGGUUUCACGUCGGAAAUUGAAUUUGAGGAAGCAAUGCAGAUAAUCUUGCAUUAAGUUCUUUCAGGUUAUACACAUGAAGAUGAUGAUUAUCAUAUUUCAUGUCUGCAUUGUUUGUGGCAUAACCCAUUUAAAACUGUUAAACUGUCACAUUCACAAUGUGACAAUAAUGUAAGAUAAAUAUGUUUGGUUCCUUUAUCGAAUGAGUUAAACCCUAGACAAAAAGAUUCAGUUUUUUUUAUA